AUGAGAGCUUGUCCUUAUCCGCAGCAGAUGAUGGAGAUGAACGUAAGGGGCAACCUGCUUGAUCCUCGGAAUUCCCCAUUGUCAAUCACCAGGAAGCCAGAUGUCUCCAAGCGGAUCUUCGUCCCCAAAUCCGUCUUCCAUGUACUUACUGAUCGUUUUUGUCGCGCAGUGUGCAUGGAUUGGAGAACGGCGAAUGUGAUCCGUCGCGGGAAGUAUGUGUCCAUCAAAUCGGAGGAUCUUGUGAAGACUACAGCACUUUGUGAAGAGGAGAAACAGCUUAGUUCGUUGUUGUAUCGGCAGCUGUUCCACUAUCUUCCGGAGAUGUUGAAGGAAAGCGUAAGGUUUCAUUUUCUAUUCUGUCAUAAAGUCAGCAUUUAUGUUACUUCUUUGACUUUGUAUGUCCAAUUUUGCCAUGGAGAAUAUAGAUAAUAUUGCUUUAUCUGAAGUUUCUUUCGGGUUAACAAUCCCGUUUUACGAUACCUAUAAUUUUAGAAGUGGCGUUUGAUAAUGAUGAAAGAAGUAGAGCACAUCUUGACCAGUCGUUGGUGUGUUUCAAGCAGGCGCUUGGCCAGAGUAAUCUUCUUGACCCGAGCCUUCUUUAUUAUUGAAUUUUAUCUGAAAUGGUUGAACGGGGAAUUGGAUCUGGAUGAGGAGAGGUUCCGAUACAGUAUGUCCGGUCAGGGAUACCAAGACAUUUUCUGCGCGGUUCGACUUGAGACUGGGGUUUAUUAUUAUCAAAGCUUUCUGGCUGAUAAGUAGGUAAUGGUCGUGUAGCUGCAAAAUUAAUGUUAUUUUAGUUUUGGCUUCCCGAAUGAUUCAUGUUUCUCCCACAUCGCUCAUUCUAUCGUGUUCAACAUCACAGACAUAAUCAGGGGACCAGAUCUCAAUGAGUCCUUCACCCAAUUCCUCCAGCUUCCAGAUGUCCCAAAGGAGCAUAUUUUGUAUGUUUAUUUAUUUCUUAAUAUGUUUGGUCCAGGUCCUACUUGUCCACAACGGACCUCUUGUCGAUGCGUCUGACCAAUCGAGAAAUGGCCCGUCGUGUUGAUCGGAUCUUCAAAUUCAAGUCCCCGCUAACCAUUGACCGGAUUCGAUUCAAUCAAUUGGAACAUGAAAUGAGGGGAAUAACCGCAACUCUGAGUGUUCCCCAGCAGAGGUUUUACAAUCAUGCUGAAGCUAAAUUUCAGUUUUCUGAUUUUACGAAGAUGUUGGAAAAGUUUAACAUCCAGGUAUGCAUAAUAAUCAUGUCCAUUGUUACUUACAUCUUUGUGUUUCAGAAGCAACUCCAUUACCUCACAUUUUAUCUACUCAAGGUCUUCAAACUUGCUCGUUUCCCCGAACUCACAGCUCAAGUCAACAAAUACGAACAUGAUCUGUUCUUGUACGUACUCGAAGAACUUCCUCAUCUUCAAGUUAUCAAGAUCGCUUUUCUUUCAAGUCUCUCAUCAGAACAAUUGGAAAAGGCCAAAAAAGCCAUCAACGAAUCAGAAUUCAAAAUCGAUUCUAUCAACUGCAAUGUUGUCAAACUUCGUCGCUGCAAGGAUGCUAUCGAAGAGGAAGACGAAAGUGAAUGCUCCCCUGUAAAAAGAUCUAGAACCACAAUUUCUUCCGACAAUAAUUUCAAUAGAGAGAUCUAA